AUGAAGCACUGGGGGGGAACUGGGGAGCACUGGGAGGGACCGAGGGACACUGGCAGGGUGGUGGGGCACCGGGAGAGCAGCGGGACAGACUGGGAGGGACUGGGGCGUGCUGGGGGCUGCAGCUGUCACUGUGCGGUGCUGGUGUGUACUGGGAGCACUGGUUUCGUGCAGGGCGUGGAGUUCUUUGACGAGAAGCUGAAUUCACUGUGCAUGGCCUGGCUGGUGGAUCACGUGUACGCCAUCCGGGAAGCGGCCACCAGCAACCUGCGCAAACUGGUGGAGCGCUUUGGGCAGGAGUGGGCGCAGGGCACCAUCGUGCCCAAGGUGCUGGCGAUGGCCACCGACCCCAACUACCUGCACCGCAUGACCACGCUCUUCUGCAUCAACGUGCUGUCGGAGGUGUGCGGGCAGGAGAUCACCACCAAGCAGAUGCUGCCCACGGUGCUGCGGAUGGCGGCCGACGCCGUGGCCAACGUGCGCUUCAACGUGGCCAAAUCGCUGCAGCGCAUCGGGCCCAUCCUGGACAGCAGCACGCUGCAGAACGAGGUGAAGCCGGUGCUGGAGAAGCUGACGCAGGACCAAGAUGUGGACGUCAAAUACUUCGCCCAGGAGGCGCUGAGUGGUGCGGGGA